AUGGUGCAUCUAUCUUUCGUUUCGUUGUUGACGCCUCUUCUAUCUGCCGUUCAAUUUGCUGAGGCAGGGCCUUCUGUUUCCACAGUUCAAGCAUGUAAAGAUAUCGAUGGCGCUCUUCCGAGACGACUUUCCUGGCCCAUUGAUUUAGAUUACAUCACAGAAACUCAAGAAUAUUGGUCCACUGCGCUGCGUGACUUGAAGCCGGCUUGUGUUGUCCACCCGGCGGAUGUUUCUGAGGUUUCCACCGUUGUGCAGGUUCUCAACAAGUAUCCAGAUGUGGACUUUUCGGCCAAGAGCGGCGGACAUGAUCCUAAUCCUGGACACGGUAGCGUGCAGGAUGGUGUCUUGGUUGCUAUGAGGGACAUGAGCGGUGCGACGUAUGAUGCUGAGACGGGCCUGGCCACCAUUAAGCCGGGUGGCACUUGGAACGACGUAAUCGGUGACUUGGAGCCGUAUGGAGUUACUGUCGUAGGUGGCCGUCUCGGUAUUGUUGGUGUCGGCGGUUACCUACUUCAAGGUGGCAUUUCGUUUCUCAGCGCUCAGUAUGGACUAGCCGCAGACAGCGUCGUUGGGUGGGAAACUGUAAUGCCAAAUGGGUCAGUUGUCAACAUCGACGCGGGCACUCAGCCUGACCUUUCGAAAGCAAUGCGAGGAAGCGGAAGCCAGUUCGGUAUCGUGACGCAAUUCGUCAUCGAAGCUCACCCUAUUCAAAAGGUAUGGGGAGGACUGCGUAUCUAUACCAAUGCUUCACGUGAUGCUCUCACCACUGCGCUGCACAAUUUUGUACCCAGCGCCGAGCAAGACCCCAAAGCUGCAGUAAUAUUCACAGAUAUCUUGGCUGUGGGAAGCACUCCUAUCAUUAUCGUCUACUACUUCUAUGACGGCUCAACACCCCCGACUGAUGGAAUUUUGGCCGAAUUUCUCGCUGUUCCCGCUCUUGCAGACCAGACGUCAACAAGGACUUAUUCAGAUUUGCUUCAGUCGAAUGGAGCCGAAGCCGCUUUGCUGAUGUCUCGAGUCUCGUUCAGGACGUUCACUCUUCCCUAUAUACCUGACUAUCCAGGCCUUUAUUCUGAAAUCCAUAGCUAUUGGGCCUCUAUUGUUGAUUCCUAUCUCGAUAACCCAGUCCAUUUGACCGCACAGUGUAGUAUCGACUUCCAGCCACUACCAUCACUGAUUGGUCAGCAUAGUCAGGAGCGAGGUGGCAAUGCCAUGGGACUUUCAGGAUCUGAUCCCAAUCGGCUGAUCCUUGAGCUGCAGUGUUCUUGGGCCAGUGCUGUGGAUGAUGAAAUAGUUUAUGACCUCACGCGCGAAGUCACGGAAUGGCUGGAGAUGAGGAUUCCAGAGUGGAAUACUCAAGCUGAGCUUGGCGGGGACGCGUAUAUGCCAUACUUUAUGAAUGAUGCAAUGGGGGAUCAGAACGUGACUGGUUCGUACCGCUCGUAUGAGAAGCUCAAGGCAUUGCAAAGAGAAAUCGAUGCGCAAGGAUUGUUCAGGACAAGGUCCGGGGGGUUCAAGUAUUAA